CACUAAAACGCUCAGACAAAAACACUUUCUCUCUCUAAAAAUUCGUUCUUUCUCUCUCUCUCUCUCUCUCUCUCUCUCUCUCUCUAUCCCUUUCCUUUCUCUGCCUUUUCAGCUUCGCAUCACCAUAGCAGACGCGUCCUUCGAGCUUUUUCUCCAGGCGUCGUCGUUUUGGGCUGCGCAGACACUCCACAAACACUGUAGGUUCUUAAUGUGCCCUAAGCUGUUGGACAAAAGUACUUGUGUAGUAUACGAGUUGCACGUCUGAUCAUUGAUUUGGUGUAAGUGUGAUAACUUUUUUUUCAGAAUUAAGAGAGAGGAUAUUCUUUUUCUUUCUUAAAAAUUAAAAAAAAAUAAAAAAAAAUUGAAUUGACUUGUAACAUAAGAAUGCCUUCUUGGUGGGGUAAGUCCUCAUCUAAAGAAGCAAAAAAGAAAGGGAACAAGGAGAGUUUUAUUGAUACAAUACAUAGAAAAUUUAAGAGUGGAUCUGAAGAUAAGAGCAACCCAAGAUCAGGAGGUUCUAGAAGACGUUCUGAUGAUUCUGUCUCAGAAAGGGGAUCUCUAUCUAGGUUUCCAUCCAGAUCUCCGUCACCUUCUACACAAGUAUCAAGAUGUCAAAGUUUUGCAGAAAGGCCUCUUGCCCAACCACUUCCCCUUCCUAGGGCACAACCUCCUAGUAUUGGACGUACUGACUCUAGCAUUAGUACACCAUCAAAACCGGAACUCGACAGGCGGUCAAAGCCAUUGUUGGUUUGUCCUGUUCCAAAACCUUGCUAUGGACUGAACAGGGCAGAUCCUACUGAUGUUGAGGGAGAUAUAGCCACUGCUUCUAUUUCUAGUGAUAGCUCCCUUGACAGUGAGGACCCAUCUGAGUCACGUCUUCUAAGUCCUCUUGCAUCUGACUAUGAAAAUGGGAAUAGAACUGCCAUGAACAGCCCUACCAGUGUAAUGCACAAGGAUUCAUCCCCCACUUUCAACCAAAAGAACUCAAAGGACACGUUGAAGCCAUCACAUCUUCUUUUUAGUAAUCAGAUUUUGUCUACAUCUCCUAAAAGGCAACCCUCAGGCAUGCCUAUGCAAAAUUUGCAGAUUCCUUCCCAUGGUGCUUUUUGUAGUGCUCCAGAUAGCUCAAUGUCAAGUCCUUCUAGGAGUCCAAUGAGAGCAUUUGGUGCUGAGCAAUUUCUGAAUUCUGGUUUUUGGGCGGGAAAGCCAUAUCCAGAUAUAGCCUCCGCACAUUGCUCCAGUCCAGGUUCAGGUCAUAAUUCUGGGCAUAAUUCAGUAGGAGGUGAUCUGUCAGGACAACUAUUUUGGCAGCACAACAGAUGUAGCCCCGAGUGCUCUCCAAUACCUAGCCCCAGAAUGAUCAGCCCUGGUCCCAGCUCCAGGAUACAUAGUGGGGCUGUGACCCCUCUGCAUCCGCGAGCUGGAGGAGCAGCAGCAGAGUCACCUACAAGCAGGCCUGAUGAUGGGAAGCAACAAAGCCAUCGAUUGCCCCUUCCACCAAUAACAGUUGCAAAUACUAGUCUAUUUUCUCCUACAUACUCUGCCUCAACUACUCCGUCGGUUCCACGUAGCCCGGGUAGGGCAGAAAAUCUAACAAGCCCUGGUUCACAUUGGAAAAAAGGACGGCUUCUUGGAAGUGGCACCUUUGGUCAUGUAUAUCUCGGCUUCAACAGUGGAAGUGGUGAAAUGUGUGCAAUGAAGGAGGUAACUCUAUUUUCGGAUGAUGCAAAAUCAAGAGAGAGUGCACAGCAGUUGGGACAAGAAAUUGCUUUGUUAAGUCGCUUGCAACAUCCAAAUAUAGUGCAGUAUUAUGGAUAUGGGAUAGUAGAUGACAAAUUAUAUAUAUACUUGGAAUAUGUAUCGGGUGGAUCCAUUUAUAAAUUGCUUCAAGAAUAUGGCCAGUUGGGUGAACUUGCUAUUCGGAGUUAUACUCAACAGAUUUUAUCAGGCCUUGCAUAUUUACAUGCUAAAAACACUGUCCAUAGGGACAUUAAAGGAGCAAAUAUAUUAGUAGAUCCUAGUGGCCGUGUGAAAUUGGCAGAUUUUGGAAUGGCAAAGCAUAUUACUGGGCAGUCUUGUCCGUUAUCAUUCAAGGGAAGCCCCUAUUGGAUGGCACCUGAGGUUAUCAAGAACUCAAAUGGCUGUAACCUUGCCGUUGAUAUAUGGAGCCUUGGGUGCACUGUCCUUGAGAUGGCUACUACAAAACCUCCGUGGAGCCAGUAUGAGGGGGUGGCUGCUAUGUUUAAGAUUGGAAACAGCAAGGAACUUCCUGCAAUUCCUGAUCAUUUGUCGGCUCAGGGAAGGGACUUUGUGUUACAGUGCUUGCAAAGGAACCCACUGCAUCGUCCCACCGCUUCUCAGCUUUUGGAGCAUCCCUUUGUUCAAAAUGCUGCUCCGCUGGAGAGACCCAUUCCAAGUGCCGAGCCUUCAGAAGGACCACCGGCAGCAACAAAUGCCAUGAGAUCUCUGGGAAUUGGAAAUGCAAGAACCUACGCGAGCAUAGAUUCAGAAGGUGUGGGUAACCAUCAGUCUAGAGGCUCAAAAAUUGGUGCGGGAUCCAGUGAUGUUCAUACGCCAAGAAAUAUAUCAUGCCCAGUUUCUCCUAUUGGCAGCCCACUUCUACAUUGUAGAUCACCACAACAUAUGAGUGGGAGGAUGUCUCCGUCUCCAAUAUCCAGCCCCCAUACUGCGUCCGGUGCAUCCACACCUCUCACCAGUGGCAGUGGCGCCCUCCCAUUCCAUCAUCCAAAGCAGCCUGGAACCUAUAUGCAUGAAGGUAUGGGGACAAUCCAGAGGUCUCAAAAUAGUUUCUAUACAAAUGGCAGCACACAUUAUCAUGAGCCAAAGCCCGAACUCUUUCGAGGAAUGCCACAAGCCUCUCAUGCUUUCCAGGAUAUUAUAUCUUCUGAAAAUAGCACACUUGGAAAUCAGAUUGGGCGGCCUGCUUCUGGGGAAUUCUAUGAUGUUCAGUCCGUUCUGGCUGAUCGUGUCUCUCAGCAGUUAUUGAGAGAUCAUGUAAAGCUUAAUCCAUCGCUGGACUUCAAUUUGAGCUUGCCAAUGCUGGAUCGGACUAGUGGUAUCUGAUUACAUGGCUGAGACUCCUGCCGAAGCAGGACUUCCAGGCAUGUCUGAUGCUUUUGACGCGUUUAAGUUGGUUUUUAUACAUUCUUGUUGCAGAAAGGUCCUUUCUGUAAGUUAGGAACCAAAAUUUGACGAUUGAAUAAGCUGGAAGUCUGAUCGGUAAAAGAGAGCUACUGGGUUCUCGGUCAUCAAAUUCCAGUGAUGAGCAGUAUUCCUGACAAGAGGCUUUGUAGUUCACCUGCGCUGAGUAGAAGUUCCGCACAAAGGAUAAUCCUUCAGCCGUGUAAAGAAAUGUACAUUUUCAUCACACCCGAAAAAGAGAAGGCAAAAAAAGUUUUAGAUGACCAUUACCAUUUGAUCCCUCGGAUAUCCCUUUUUUUUUUUUUUUUUUUUCCGUUUACCUUUUCAUCGGAAGGAAAGGGGGCGGCGGCGGGGAAAGCAGCAAAAAUUAUUGUACAAAAGGUUGGAACUAAAUUGGAACUGAGAUUUUGUGAAGAUGGCGAUAAAAUUGCCAGGCUUUGUCUGUUAAUCCCCUCUUGUAUCGGUCGGUUUAUAUAGCAGUAUCAGUCCCAAACUCCUGCAAGCAAUGGGCUGUGCUGCUGAUACCGUUGUACUUAAUUUAUACCUGCAUCAAAUGGGAGAAAUCUAAUUCUUCUUGUAUCUCUCUCUCUCUCUCUCUCUCUCUCUCUCUCUCUACAUAUAUAGAUAUAUAUAUCACUUUUCUCUGCGU